GGAACAAUACAAAAAAUUUAGAUCAAAACGGCAAGCAGUUACUCUUUCCUGCGUCAUUCGAUUUCGCCGGCUGCGAUCUACUCGAGCCUCCCACUUUUCCCGUUCACAGUAUCAGCUUCUUCGUCUCAUUCUCCUUCUCGACCUCUCACCUUUUACUCCCCUCCUCAAUUCCCAAAACCCCAAAUUUUGGGGGUUUUGCAAAUUCUCACCCACAUAAUUGCAUUCAAUUCUUCGUACCUGGAUCGAUUUGCCGUGCCAAGGGAAUCGUAUGGUAUUAGCAGAGUGCGAUCAUAUGAAAUCCCGUGCGAGACGUUGUCGGCUGAUUUUUUUGCUCUAUCUCACCUUAUCCAAUCUCUCCUGUGGGGAAAACAAGUUCAGAGAGCGUAAAGCCACCGAUGACGAGCUGGGCUACCCCGAAAUUGAUGAAGAUGCUUUGUUGAAUACUCAGUGCCCGAGAAAGUUGGAGCUGCGAUGGCAGACUGAAGUCACUUCUAGCGUUUAUGCUACACCCUUGAUUGCUGAUAUCAACAGUGAUGGAAAGCUUGACAUUGUUGUUCCAUCUUUUGUUCACUACCUCGAUGUUCUUGAAGGGGCUGAUGGAGACAAGAUGCCAGGUUGGCCUGCUUUCCAUCAGUCAAACGUGCAUGCAAGUCCUCUUCUAUUUGAUAUCGACAAAGAUGGUGUUAGAGAAAUUGCCCUGGCGACCUACAAUGGCGAAGUGCUCUUUUUCAGGGUAUCAGGCUUUUUGAUGUCAGAUAAGCUAGAAGUGCCACGUAGAAAAGUGCACAAGAACUGGCAUGUAGGACUGAAUCCUGACCCCGUUGACCGUUCACACCCUGAUGUCCAUGAUGAAGAGCUUGUGAAACAAGCUAUGGAAAUGAAGUCAUCGGCCACUCAAACGAAUGCAACUACCACAACAACACCAAAUGUUACAGUCUCGAUGUCCAAAGAAUUUCAUGGCGAGGCUUCAAAUGUGUCAUCUCAAGGGGAUGAAAAUAAGCCCAAGAAUAACCAAACAGAAGGUGUCGUAAAGCCUACUCCAGAGCUGCAUAAUUCCUCCAUGGAUGUUAGAGCAAAUAAUUCGGCAGCAAAUGAUACUACAGCUAGCUCAACUGAAAAUGUCAAGGGAAAUGUAACCACCAAUGAGGUGGAUCAAAGCAAGAUUAGCGAAGUUAAGAAUGAAACUGUUAUUAAAUUAAAUACUAGUACGGAUAAUUCCUCAGAAGGGACAUCUGGAAACAGUAGUACGUCAGAGACAGGAACCAAAAGUGGGAGGCGACUUCUGGAAGAUGAUGGCUCAAAACAAUCUGCGGACGGCCAUUCUGACAAUAAAGACAACAAGGAGGGUGUUCGCAUGGCCACAGUUGAAAACGAUGGACUAUUAGAAGCUGACGCAGAUUCAUCGUUUGACUUGUUGCGUGAUAACGAUGAGUUAGGUGAUGAAUACAGUUAUGAUUAUGACGAUUAUGUUAACGAGUCCAUGUGGGGUGAUGAGGAAUGGGUCGAGGGGCAGCACGAGAAUUCAGAGGAUUAUGUGAAUAUUGACGCCCAUAUACUGUGCACUCCUGUAAUUGCUGACAUAGACAAAGAUGGAGUACAAGAGAUGGUUGUUGCUGUUUCCUAUUUCUUCGACCCUGAGUAUUAUGACAAUCCAGAACAUCUGAAAGAGCUUGGUGGUAUUGACAUCAAAAACUAUAUUGCUAGUUCAAUUGUGGUUUUCAAUCUUGAGACUAAACAAGUUAAAUGGGUCAAAGAGCUAGAUUUAAGUACGGAUAAAGCAAACUUCCGUGCAUAUAUUUAUUCUUCCCCAACGGUUGUUGAUUUGGAUGGAGAUGGUUACUUGGAUAUUCUUGUCGGAACUUCCUUUGGUUUAUUCUACGCCAUGGACCAUCGGGGAAACAUCAGAGAAAAAUUCCCACUCGAAAUGGCUGAAAUUCAAGGGGCAGUGGUUGCAGCUGAUAUAAAUGACGAUGGAAAGAUUGAACUUGUAACAACUGAUACCCACGGAAAUGUAGCAGCAUGGACUACCCAAGGAGUGGAAAUUUGGGAAGCACAUCUAAAGAGUCUUAUUCCCCAGGGACCUUCGAUAGGCGAUGUUGAUGGUGAUGGACAUACUGAUGUUGUGGUUCCUACAACAUCAGGAAACAUUUACGUUCUUAAUGGCAAGGAUGGUUCGAUUGUCCGUCCUUACCCGUACAGAACUCAUGGAAGAGUGAUGAACCAAGUUCUUCUUGUUGAUCUGAACAAGCGAGGUGAGAAAAAGAAGGGACUCACCAUUGUUACCACAUCCUUUGACGGUUACAUGUAUCUCAUAGAUGGACCAACCUCAUGCGCUGACGUUGUUGAUAUUGGUGAAACUUCAUACAGCAUGGUCUUGGCUGAUAAUGUUGACGGUGGAGAUGAUCUUGAUCUCAUUGUCUCAACUAUGAAUGGAAACGUAUUUUGCUUCUCUACGCCUUCUCCUCACCAUCCCCUCAAGGCAAGAUUAACCCCGAACACUUCUUGGAGAUCGACUGAUCAGGGUAGGAACAAUAAGGCAAAUCGCUACGAUCGUGAAGGUGUUUUUGUCACGCAUUCAACAAGAGGUUUCCGAGAUGAGGAAGGCAAAAACUUCUGGGCGGAGAUCGAGAUCGUUGAUAAAUACAGAUACCCAUCUGGUUCACAAGCACCCUACAACGUUACAACGACACUGUUGGUACCAGGCAAUUACCAAGGAGAUAGGAGGAUAAAGCAGAGCCAGAUCUAUGACCGACCGGGAAAAUACCGAAUAAAACUACCAACCGUUGGAGUGAGAACAACAGGCACCGUAAUGGUGGAGAUGGUGGACAAGAAUGGGCUCCAUUUCUCAGACGAAUUCUCUCUGACUUUCCAUAUGUAUUAUUACAAGCUCCUGAAAUGGCUGCUUGUCCUCCCGAUGCUCGGCAUGUUCGGCCUGCUCGUGAUACUACGGCCUCAAGAAGCCGUACCUCUCCCGUCCUUUUCCCGCAACACAGACUUGUGAUGUUAGGUACUGUCCGUACACCGGGAGCUGUUAAGUAUCGCCUUAAAUACCUCGUCUAAAGUAUCCAGGGACAAGUUCGUAUUAGAAUUUUGGGGUUUCUGUAUCCUUUUAAAAUCUGUAAUUCGACUUUAGUAUUAGAUCGUCCUUUUUUUCUCUUGUUAAAAUCUUUAUAUCAUCUUUCUUUCGAGUUUAUAAAGUCCGUUUAUGCGUUACUUCAAAUUGUUCAGAGUCCAUUUUUGAAUUAAGAAAAUACAAGAUUUAUGGUACGCAAGACACACAAUUGGUUUAAAAGGAUUUUAAGACCGUUUCCAUUAUUUGUUGUUACAUAUACCCAAAUGACUAAUGACAAAUAAGUCUGAGUCUAAAUCCAAACGCAGAACGCAAUGAGAAUAAAAUAAGGGAGUCGCCAAACACGAACUAACUGGAUAACAAUUCUAUAGACAAAAACAAAUUUCCUGUCAGGAGAGCUGCAUCAAUGGCCUCUUACCAAGUCUCUUCAUUUCUCUCUCCAUGCUUCCUGUGAGCAUCAGACUAAACAUCUUGAGAUCGCAUAGAAACGACCAAACCGGAUGCCCAAAGCUCGCCGGAAUAUUGCCCUCCACGAAGAAGUGGCUGUACCACGCGAACCCGUACCCAAACAGAGGCACCAGUGCCACGAACCACCGACUGAUCAGAAUCGAACACAUCAAAGCCACGAUGCUCGCGAUUAUACCCAUGAAGUGCCAUCGUCUCGUUGAUGGAUUCGAAUGUUGCAUCACGUAGAAAGGCCAGAACUCCUCAAAGCUUCUGAAAUUCAUCUUUCUCAAAGAAAAACCCUGAUUUUCCCCUGGCUUUCCCCGAGAUUACGUGAAGAUCUUUUUCGAUUGAUCUCGAGCUUUCUCCAGAGUUUCGUUUGGUAAACAAGAAAUUUAGAAGACGAAACGGACCAGGCGAACAAUAAUUAGAUAACAAAUAUCUAACAUUUUUGUAAAAUUUUCAAGAAAAUCAUAUAAUAAAAUAUAUCAAAACCAAG